AUGGACAGUGGAACCAGUUCGAGUACAACUUCAAGUUCACAAGCUUCACCAGCUGUGACGUUUGUUCCUCUUCUUGAUGUGGCCAGCCUCUCCCUCUUCAAUCCAAAGGAAGAUCCGAAUACCCUUGCAAUUCGCUGGAAGUUGUGUCAGGAGAGUUGGUGGAUCAGUUUGUUUGUCAGUUGAGGCAGAAAGCGAUCUCCUGCGAGUUUGAGAAUGUUGAUGAGGCAAUAAGGGAUAAGCUUAUUGAGAGAUGCAGGGAUCCCAGGCUUUGCUGUAAGUUCCUUGAGAAAACAAAUGCUACUCUGAAGGGUUUACAAGAUUUGGCUCGUGUGAAGGAAGCAGUGAACAUGCAGGUCAAGGCUAUGGAUUAGUCAUCCGGUCAGGUGAAUGCUGUUUCUGGCAAACCUCACAGCAAAGGAAAAGGAAAAAGG